GUGAGCGCAGUCACCUGCCGCGAACACCGACCGCCGCACGUCGCGCCCGCGAGAUGCCGCCAAUUGCGCCUAAACGAUCUAUUCUGUUCACUUUUUGAAUUGACGAAUUUAGGCGCCAAAUGUUUUAAUUCCUUUUUGGUGGACUGUGUUCUUGUGAUUAUUUUGUGUGCGACUUAUUUUACUUGGAGGCCUUUUGGACAUGGUUUAACUUUUGUUGUUGUAUGUUCGUUCGCUAUAGACAUGCUAAAGUGAGUAGUGCAAUGUGACAGUUUCUGAGGAGUUUCAACAAAACACAACAAUGUGCAGCAAGGAACAAAUCAACCAUGUGCUCAGUAAGAUCAAUGUGGGUCUGCCAUCGUGGUCGCGCGGCCUGGAGGUGGCCGAGGCUGCACGCACGCGCCUCGUGCGCUGGGCGUGCGGCGACCCGCCGGCGGAGCCCGACCCGCCCCGCAAGAAGAUGCCGCAUGCGUUGCGACGGAGGUGGCCCUUGUGCCCUUGUUUACAGAAUGACGAGCCCCCGGAGAUCACAUACUGCGUGGUGGGGGGUGAAGGCGGGCUGGCUCUCCAGGCUGUCACCCCCACACACCCCAUGCCACCACAGGAUGAACUCGACGCCAAGUUCGCUGAGCUUGUGGAAGAGCUGGACCUGACAGCCGUGAACAAAGCAGCCAUGAUGGCUCUCCCCGCGGCCAAGAAGUGGCAGAUCUACUGCAGCCGGCGGCCUCCACCUGGACAACCUCCACCGCUAGCCACCGCGCCGCAGCUCGAAGAGUACAUCAAGGCUCUUAACGAGAUUGCUGAUGCCUUCGCAUCAUCAGAAAGCAUACCACCAGCAGAAGCGUGCGCCCUAGUCGAAGGCCUCAAAACAGCAUUAAGGACACGAGCACACAGCUUCGUACUCAGGUUCAUCAAGCAAGGAGGCCUAGGCUCCUUGCUAGAUGCCCUUCAGCGAGCGCCAAGGGAUGACGCUUCCACCAGGCAUAACCUCAUUGCGGCUAUUAAAGCGCUCAUGAACAACUCUACGGGGCGCGCGCAUGUGCUGGCUCACCCCACGAGCAUCGAUCUGAUCGCACAGUCCUUAGACACUGACAAUGUUAAGACAAAGGUCGCUGCACUUGAGAUACUGGGAGCCGUUUGUCUUGUACCAGGAGGACAUAAGAAGGUACUAGAAGCGAUGGUCCACUACCAAAAAUACGCGGGCGAGCGUGCCCGCUUCCAAAGCAUUAUGAACGAGUUGGACCGCAGUACCGGCGCCUACAGAGACGACCUUGGCCUGAAGACUGCCAUCAUGUCCUUCGUUAACGCCGUACUUAAUUAUGGACCGGGGGAAGAGAGCUUGGAGUUCAGGCUGCAUUUGAGAUACGAGCUGCUUAUGUUGGGGAUACAACCAGUAAUCGAAAAACUCCGCAAAUACGAAAACGAAACCCUGGACCGUCACAUCGAGUUCUUCGAGAUGGUGCGCAAUGAGGACGAGAGGGAACUAGCAAGGCGGUUCGAUAAGGAACAUGUUGAUACUAAGAGUGCUACUUCCAUGUUUGAGCUGUUGAGGAGGAAACUCAGCCAUACUGGUGCUUACCCACAUCUGCUGUCCAUGUUGGAGCAUCUACUGUUGUUGCCAUUGGAAUACAACCCGAUGUCCCAGCACUGGUUGCUGCUGGACCGCGUAGUGCAGCAGGUGGUGCUGCAGCAGCCCGCCGCCGGCAGCCGCGCCAACUCCGACCAGGGCAGCGAGAGGGGCAGCACUUCCGAUACUACUAAGAUCUAUGACCCGGACGUAGCGCCUCUAGAAAUCAACGUCGGCGAGAUAGUCCAUCUUUUAGCCAAAGAAGAAGAGUUGGUGGCCGCCAGAACUAAAGCUGAGAACUUGGAGAGAGAAAACGUGGAUCUCGCUACCGAACUCGCUAAGAAGGAAAAGCAAGUGGACGAGCAGAGCCAAGAGCGAGAGGAGCUAGAAGGAGUCGUGUCACGCUUCAAGGAACGCCUUGAACGCGAGACUGCGGCGCAUAUGGAGUGCUCAGAGCGAGCCCGUGCCGCCGCCACCAGGGCUCUGCAGCUUGAGCAGCAGCUGAACCAGGAAAGAGUGGAACGAGCAAGGUUUGAGAAACUAGUCAGUGAAGGAAGCAUACCUGAUGACGCCAAGGUCAGCAACCUAAAGAGCGCCGUCAUCGAAACUUGCUCUGUUCCACCGCCUCCCCCUCCUCCCUUGUUAAGCGCCCCACCCGCCCCUCCCGCCCCACCUGCUCCGGCACCCCCACCCGCACCCCUAGCUCCUCUGGCCCCCCUAGCCCCCGCCCCACCUCGAGCAAAGAAGAACGUGCCAACCCCUGGUAAUCCUCUGAAGAGCUUCAACUGGAGUAAACUGCCUGAUACUAAGCUUCACGGUACCAUUUGGCAGGAGCUUGAUGAUACUAAACUGUAUAACGCUAUGGACUUGCAUACUAUUGAUAAAAUGUUCUGCGCCUACCAGAAGAAUGGGGUUCAGAACGAAGGCUCAGUGGAAGACUUGAGGCAGUUGGGCUCGAAGCCCCGCACUAAGAUCCUGACCGUGAUCGACGGCAGACGAGCGCAGAACUGCACCAUCUUACUGUCGAAGCUGAAGAUGACUGACGAGGAAAUAUGCCGAGCGAUCCUCCGCAUGGACAGCGGCGAACAGCUCCCCAUAGACAUGGUGGAACAGCUGGUGAAGUUCACGCCCAGCGCCGAGGAGGCGGCUCUGCUGGAGGAACAUCAGGACGAGCUCGACAGCAUGGCGCGGGCCGACCGCUUCCUCUACGAGAUAUCUAAGAUUCCCCACUAUUCUCAACGCGUUCGUCUGCUACUCUUCAAGAAGAAGUUCAGUGGCGCCGCGGCUGAAGCCACCGCCCGCGCAUGCGUGGUACUGCGAGCGGCUCGGGACAUGCCGCGAUCCCGUCGCUUGAGGGCACUUCUCGAAAUUGUAUUAGCUCUUGGAAACUAUAUGAACAGAGGUGCCAGAGGCAAUGCGUCAGGCUUCCGUCUGACUUCACUGAACAAGUUGGCAGACACAAAGUCUUCUGUGUCAAGGAAUACAACUCUGCUGCAUUAUCUCGUCGAAAUGCUGGAGUCUCAGUUCAAGGACAUCCUUCUGCUCGAAGAAGACCUCCCCCACGUCCGCGCCGCCGCCAAGGUGUGCGUGGAGCAGCUGGAGCGCGACGUGGGCGCGCUGCGCGGCGGCCUGCGCGACGUGGCGCGCGAGCUGGACUACCACGCGGCGCUGCCGGCGCGCCCGCAGCACGACAUGUUCCUGCCCGUCAUGCGCGACUUCCACGCGCAUGCCGUCUGCUCCUUCACGCAGUUGGAGGAUCUGUUCCAUGACAUGAAGAGUCGUCUGGAAGCUUGUGCUCACGCAUUCGGUGAAGAAGCUUCGGCGUCGCCCGAGCAGCUGUUCGGCGCGCUCGACGCCUUCCUCACGCAGCUCGGGGAUGCCAGGGCCGAGUGUGACGCCGCCCGGCGCCGCCGGGAUGACGAGGAGAGACGCACCCGACAUGAGCAGGAGCUCAAGAAACGCACAAUGGAGCGAAAACAAGCGUCCAGCCUUCUAAGCUCCGUGGGCAAGUCGCUCGGCAAGUCCAACGGCAAUACCGACUGCAACGGUCACUCGGACAGUUCCCGAGACGGAACCCUCACCAACGGACAGAAGGGAGAGUUCGAUGACCUCAUCUCUGCACUCCGAACUGGCGACGUCUUCGGAGACGACGUGGCCAAGUUCAAACGCUCCCGCAAAGCCUCCAAAGUCAGCCACAAGGGAAGGGAUUCCCCCCCUAGAGGCAUCUGCAGGGAAGACUCCAGGGAACGACAGAAGAAUUGAACGACCCAACACUAGUAAAGGUUAUUGAAAGUUUGUAGCGUCCAGCGUACCUUGUAGUUUCUUGGUCAGUGUUAACGCGAAGCUUCAUUUACUAGACAAUUUUUCUUGUAAUACGGUAAAUCGACUAAUAUUAACUGUGUUGAUGUAUCAUUUUGGCUUUAAACGUUCACCUGGCUUCUGUCGAAAGACAAUAGAAAUACCUGUAGGUGGGACGCUGGGCUGAUGGAGCAAACGAUAGUUUAAUCGAAACGUGAUAUUUACCGCGUAGGGAUCCUAUUGGUCCGUUAUAAGUACGGAGUCACAAAUAUGAGAUUACAAAAGACGUAACGAGUGACGUGUCAUUGAACCCAUAGUUUUAUGUGACAACGAAGCGACCGCUGCCAUUUUUUGGAUUAAUUUUUGAAAAUUAUCUCACAAACAUGGUGCCUAAUUUUGGAUGAUUUUAAGGUCGUGGCCUGGCGAAGUUGUGCGUCACGUGGUUUCUGUUUGACGAUGGACGUACUUUCCAAAGAUUUUUUAUCAGAUAUUUUGACGUUUAACAUCUUUUCUAUCUGUAGUUUAGUGCAAUGGUACCAGUGAAAAUGCUCGAAUGAAAAUAGUUCCCCUAAACCUUAAGCCCUUCAAAGGGCCACGACCUCUCCGAGAAUUUUCGAAAAGCUUUUGCUGGUUAUCGACUGAGGUAGUCAAAGACUGUGCGUGUUAUUCCAUAGACGAUUUAUUUUAGUCUUUACUUAUCUAUAAGCGUUGUGUGAUUUGAGUAACCAUAGAGUUAGAGUGUAUUGAGUUUUUUACUGGAGUUCUCUCGGUUGGAGGAAGAUGUCGUUGUGUUUAUCGAUCUUAAUGUUACUAAUUAAUCUAUGAGGAAUGUUUCAAAGUAAAAUGUUUUUCCUAAUAACACAUCUUAGUGAUCAUAUUGAUAAACAUAACCACCGCUUCCAGUAUGAAUGUCGAUGAUUUUUUACAUAUCUCAAUUGUACCUAUAGACAAUUCGGACACAAUAGAACCUUCUUAAGUGUCAAUACAAUGGGAAUUGACGAAACACUAUAUUAUUAUAUACUGUUACUAAAGUUUACUAGGUGUAGGAAUUGAUACAUACCUAGACUAUAAAAACAACAUUUUGGAAUUUUGUAUCAACUAAAGCGUGGUAGAAAAUUUUUGAUAAAUUUUACAUUUUAUAUAAUUAUCAUCAUCAUUUUUAAUUUAUUCACGAAUGAUUUAAAUAAUUGAAGAAAUCUUAUUUUUUUUCAUUGUAAAUAUAUUUUUUUAAUUUUGCCAAAAUUUGUUACCGUCUCUAUUAAAACGGAGUCAAUAAUUUAUUGAAAAUUUUCUUAAUGUAUGUAAUAAAGUUUGUCACUUGUAAAUUUUAUUGUUUUGUUCAGUAUUGCUUAAGGUCAUAGUAUAUUAAUAUAAUGAUUAUAUAUUAGACACUAUUUAAAUUAAACCCUUGAACAAUA